ACACAGGCGAACGUUCAGUUUUCUACUAAAAUGUGCUAAUAAUUUGCAAGAGUUUGAGAGGUUUUAGAUGUUAAUUUAGUUAGAAAUCAAAAAUUUAUUAAAAUCACGAAUGUGUUGUCCAAAUUCGCUAAUGUUUAUAUUUUUUUUUCGUGAAUCUGUGUAAUUACAAUUUUAUAUUUUUGCUGGGUGUAAAACUGGAUUUUGUAAGUGUAGUACAUACAUAGGAAGGAUCAGCAAGUCUGCGUAUAUACGAUCAUCUUAAGUGCAAAAAGUUGAGCAUAGCUGAUCACUGGAUUACAGAAUAAGAAAGGGAAUGAGUGUCACUGGUACGUGGAAGUCUUGUGAACACAUCGUCUAUGGCAGAUCCAGCUAACACACCCGCUGUUGACAGCACAAACCGCCGAAAGCGUGUGCUGCAAUCGCAGCCACGAUUUGAGGCCAAGCGCCUUCGUACAGCAUCACAGACUUCCUGGAAUUCUACAGACGUAAAAGUGACCAAAAAGGUGAAAUCAAAGUCAAAAAUCGGGCUGGCCUCUAAAAGCAACCAAAGUCUAUCUUCAGUGGAAGGUCCGAGUACCUCAAGAAGCUCACAAAGUGACAUAUCAUCUAACCAAGAUACUCCCCAAAAACGACGUCACAGUUUAAUUCCUGUGCCCACUCCCAAAUUUCGCAAUUGUUCCAGUUCAAUCCCCGGGAACAUAGCAGACGUGAAGAGUUUAAACAAUCGCGAAGAAAAGACUUCGCAUACGUUUCCCAAACUGAAAAAGGAUUGGAAGACGAAAAGUGCUACUUCUGAUCAUCCAGAUCGUCGUAAGUGCCCCGAAGAAAACGCCAACGCUGUCCCGUCCACCUUCGGAAGAGGUGGAUCCAAUAACAAGAUUGCUAACUCAAAGCACUCAAAAUUGUCGUCGUCGAGUUCGAAACAGAAGGUGAAAAGUUCGAGCUGGAAAUUCCGCAAGAUCACGGAAGCCACCCUGCAGGACAUCAACAGUUACCCAGAUAACAUCAACGAGAACCCAGCAGGUUCCUCAAGUUCCAGUGCCAAACUCAGGAGUACUUUCCGCAAAUCUUACAAAGACAAAUACAGUCUUUCAAAACACAACUAUACCACCAGCAAAUUGGAUAACGAAAAAUCGUCACCGAGCGAGGUCAAAACCCAAAAUUCGCCAUAUUCACCAACAGUGGAGCAACCAAGCUGUUCUGGUUUCAAUAGCAGCUUUCCAAGGACCCACAAAUACCCACUACGAAGCCAAGGUCGCCUAUCAGAUCCCUGUCCUGUUGUAGGCUAUAUUAGAAAAUCCACGGAGAAGAAAAAAUCACGAGAACUCAAAGCACUGGGGGCAAGUAGUAGUCAAACGAAUAAUAACGCUCUUGUUGAUUCUGAGCCAUCACGACUCACCCGGAGUGGAGCUGUGUUAAGGCGCAGCACGAGAAGCAGCAAAGGGCACAGCUCAACAACGGGUUCGUGUGCUAGUUCGAGUGGUGCAAGUGGCAGCGGUAGCAGCUCUAGAAGAGCCUCCCGCCAGCAUAAGGUGGGCUCCGCAGCCCCUGCACCACUCGCCCCGCCCGCCUCCCUUGCCGCCGCUGCAAUGGCAGCCGAUCAUCCCGAUCUCCCGAAUAAUGCCCUAAACGCUUCAGAAGAACCAGCGUCGCCUCAAGAAGCUACUCAGGCAUUAGCCAAUAGCGGAGGGCCUUCGGGUCCAGGUGCGGACUCAGAAAGCGAUGACAGUGAAGUGGGCCGCCUGCAGGCUUUGUUGGAAGCCAGAGGUUUGCCACCGCACUUAUUUGGUGCCCUAGGACCACGCAUGCAACAUUUACUUCACAGAAGCAUGGGAGCCAAUAGCUCUGCUACAAAAGCUCAGCAAUUACUUCAAGGUUUACAGGCAACAGGAGACGAGGGCCAACAGUUGCAGGCAGUGAUCGAAAUGUGUCAGAUGUUGGUCAUGGGCAACGAAGACACUCUCACAGGAUUCCCCAUUAAACAAGUAGUGCCGGCCCUCAUCAGCCUUUUACAAGUCGAACACAACUUUGACAUGAUGAACCAUGCCUGCCGGGCUCUCACUUACAUGAUGGAGGCUCUGCCUCGAUCGUCUGCUGUAGUUGUGGACGCCGUGCCCGUAUUCUUAGAAAAACUGCAAGUCAUUCAGUGCAUGGAUGUGGCCGAACAAUCCCUCACAGCCCUCGACAUGCUUUCUCGCAGACAUUCGAAAGCAAUUUUGCAAGCACGUGGUGUUCAGGCGUGCCUUAUGUACUUAGACUUCUUUUCAAUAAACGCCCAACGCAAUGCACUAUCGAUAACUGCAAACUGUUGUCCAAACUUGACGUCGGAUGAGUUUCAGUUUGUGGCCGAUUCACUGUCACUUUUAGCUGGAAGACUGACACAGCAAGAUAAGAAGAGCGUCGAGUCAGUGUGCCUGGCAUUCUCUCGUUUAGUCGACAGUUUUCAGAGCGAUCCUUCGAGAUUACAGGAGAUUGCUAGCACCGAACUUUUGACCAAUUUACAGCAAUUGUUGGUCGUCACACCACCUAUUAUAAGCACGCCUACCUUCAUUACGGUUCUCAGAAUGAUGUCUAUAAUGUGCGCGAGUUGUCCCGAUUUAGCACUUACUCUACUGAAGCAAAAUAUCGCUGAAACGUUAUUGUACCUUUUGACUGGGUCUGGGGAUGUGAAUCAAGACGAAAUCGAAUUAGUUCCCAGACAGCCACAAGAACUCUAUGAGAUAACGGCUCUUAUCGGUGAGUUGAUGCCAAAGCUUCCAUCGGACGGUAUAUUCACCGUCGAUGCCUAUUUGGAACGUCCAUCAGCGGUGAUGAAGGAGCUGCCGGCAUGGCAGUGGCGCGAUGAUCGCGGCACGUGGCACCAGUACACUAUGGCAGAUAGUCGCACGAUCGAGGCCGCACACGUUGGCGGUGAUGAUGAAGUCUGUUUACACACACUUGGCCGAACUUACACGAUUGAUUUCCAUUCUAUGCAGCAGAUCAACGAGGACACGGGCACAUCGAGACCUGUACAACGUCGCUACGCACCCGUCGGGAUCGUUGGCGCGGGCUCUACGCAUCCCAACACCGUCAACAACACUUCUAUCAACUCGUCGUCUGCAAGUGACUUAGACAGUCUCCAUUCAAUCCCUCCAGGUUCGUCAGGUGGACGCGACGCUCGCGUCGCCUGUCUCAGAGAGGAACAUGGGCUGGCCGCAUCGUUUAUAAGGUCGUUGUUUUCUGUGUUGUACGAGGUCUAUUCAUCGAGUGCGGGUCCUGCCGUACGUUGCAAGUGUUUGAAAGCACUACUAAGAAUGGUGUACUAUGCCAGUCCAGAACUUCUGAAGGAAGUGUUGAAAAAUCAGAUUGUCAGCAGUCACAUUGCAGGUAUGAUGGCGUCGAGCGAUCUCAGGAUAGUCGUAGGCUCACUGCAAAUGGCCGAUAUCCUAAUGACCAAAUUGCCCGAUGUUUUUGGUGUGCAUUUCCGAAGGGAGGGCGUUAUGCAUCAAAUAAGGCAACUGACCAACCCAGAAAUUCCUUUAGGUGCUAGUCCGCCAAAAUCGGCCAACCCGAACAUGUCCUCUUCGUAUCUAAUGGCGUCAACUGAUUCACAGCCAGGACCCUCCAACACGUCCACUAACAACAGUCUCGUUUCUCAGACAGCAAACGGGAGUGCUACGUUGACUCCCACGGGAACGCCAACUUCUAAUAAUUCAUCGUACUCCUCUGCAACCCCUGACGGACAUAGGGUACGUUCUCCUAGUCCAUCCCACGUUCGACUUAGCGAUGUUCUGAAGAGAAGGAAAGCUCAGAAACGUUCAAGUGGUGGUAACCGUUCUAAAUCGCGUCACGAAGACCUGCCUCUUUCUCCUUCUCUUAUGCAAGAUCUGUUUUCAAAAGCAACAUCUCUAGGCAGUUCUACCACCAGUAAUUCUUCAAGGCCCCGUUAUUCUAGUUCUGGUUCAAAAGCUUCCAGUUUCUUGUCAAGUUUGAAUCCGGCCCGCUGGGGCAGGAACAUGAAUUCUUCAUCACACGACAGGAGUUUCAACAAGGAUUCCUUCAAUAGCUGUAUUGGAAAAUCUUCUUCCAAUUCGAAUCUUACCGCUGGAAACCGGGAAAAAACAAGAGGUUGGAUUCGCGAUCAGGCUGGCAAAUUCUUGGAGACGUAUUCUGCAAAUGAAGUGUCCGGGCCGCCUCACCCAGCCAUGAAUGUGCUGGCCUGCUUGACCUCGUCAAUCCAAAAAUUACAAACUAUUGCGUGCCAGGAUGCUCUGCAAGAGUUGCGUGAAAUUCUCAUGGAAUCAGACAUAUCGCCUUUCGAAGUUAAUCACUCAGGCUUGAUCAAAGCUCUUCUGCAUUUUCUGGCCGACACAAACGGAUGUCUGUAUCGUGACCAGCGUCUCCGAACAUUCUUGCAUGUAUUCGCUGGCACACCUCUCGCUCAGGAUGCAGUCGACAUACCCGAAUUGAAUCCCGUAUGGAUGGGCGCUCUUGUAGCCAAAUUAAACGGCUGUGUUUCGCAACUGGAACAGUUUCCAGUUAAAGUGCAUGACUUACCAGCUGGAUCCGGAAUAGGGAGAAGCGGUACAAGUGCCCUUAAGUUCUUUAAUACACACCAACUGAAGUGCAAUCUGCAGCGUCACCCGGAUUGUACUAACCUGAAGCAAUGGAAAGGGGGUACAGUGAAGAUCGAUCCGUUGGCAUUAGUACAGGCAAUUGAACGUUAUCUGGUGGCCCGAGGUUAUGGUAGGAUUCGAGACAAGGAUAGCGCUGCGGACAGCGACGAUGGGGACUCUGAUGACGACAUCGACGACACUCUUGCGGCUGUUGUUAUAUCGCAGUCGGGUUCAAAGCACAAGCUGCAGUUUCUAAUCGGUAACCAAGUGCUACCGUACAAUAUGACCGUUUAUCAAGCCAUCAGGCAAUACAGCAAUAAUGGAAACGAUCAAAGUGAAACCGACACCGAUAACGAAACUCCACUGGGUAAUGCCGGCAUUUGGGUUCAAACUCAUACAAUCUACUACAGGCCUUUAAGGGAGGAAGUAAAUUUAACCGCGAAAAGUAGUAAUAGUAGUGCCUCGAGUCAUUCAAGUCGUAAAGGUAAAGGAUCUGGUGGUAAAAGUACGUCAAAACGGAGAGUUGACGACUUGUGGAAUGAAGGUAUGGUGCCUCAGACGUUAUCUCCCCUUACUCCUUUCCUUGUCACAUCCCUCCCCGAAUCCGUAUCGAUCCAGGACGCGUCCCUGGAAGUGCUGUGCCUCUUGCGCAUUUUAAAUGCGCUCAACCUGUAUUGGAACUGUUUAUAUCCCGCUCUGGAGUACACGCCAAUCCUUCCCAGUUCAGAAUUCCUUAAUAGCAAAAUAGCAGCUAAAGCUAGUCGCCAACUUCAAGACCCCCUUGUCAUCAUGACCGGAAAUCUCCCCAACUGGUUACAACAGAUUGCUUCAGUUUGUCCGUUCCUCUUCCCAUUUGAGACGAGACAACUGCUCUUUUACGCGACAUCCUUCGAUCGAGAUCGCGCUCUUCAACGUUUGCUGGACAUGUCUCCCGAACUAUCGUCAGCUGACUCUCAGGAGCGUGUUACUCCCCGUUUAGAUCGUAGGAAACGCACCAUAUCUCGAGACGACAUACUCAAACAGGCGGAACAAGUUAUUCAAGACUUGGCUAGUUCAAAAGCAUUACUUGAAAUACAAUACGAAAAUGAAGUAGGUACUGGUUUGGGUCCAACAUUAGAAUUUUAUGCGUUAGUUUCGAGAGAACUGCAACGAACAGAGUUAGACCUAUGGCAUGCACCGGAUUCUGUAGGCCAAGAGUAUGUUCACGCGGCAGCGGGACUAUUCCCCUUACCCCUUGGGAAGGGAGCUAAGAUGGGACAAAUCAGCAAAAGUAAAAGCAAGUUUAGAUUUUUAGGUAAAUUCAUGGCCAAAGCAGUGAUGGAUUCUCGUAUGUUGGAUCUCCCUUUCUCUCUUACAUUUUAUCGUUGGUUACUGGGUCAAGAACAGUCUCUGACCCUCGCAGAUUUAUACCAUGUUUCGCCUGAUAUCCAUAGGACACUUAGGAAAAUGCAAGAAAUUGUUAGAAAAAGGAAUACGAUAUUGGAAAAUCCUGAUGCAUCCUCAGCCGAAAAGAAUGCACAGCUAGAACAAUUGGAUUUCGACGGUUGUCCAAUUGAGGACCUAGGUAUCGAUUUCAUCCUUCCUGGACAUAAUGUAGAACUGAUGAAAAAUGGUCGAAACACGCACGUGACAAUCCACAAUUUACACCAAUACGCGAAUCUGGUGACGUAUUGGUUCCUAAUUGAGGGAGUGUACAGACAAAUGGAAGCUUUUAGGGAAGGUUUCGAAACCGUGUUUUCUCUUCAGAAUCUGCGCAUGUUCCAACCAGAAGAGCUAGAAGCCGUCUUCUGCGGAAGCCCGCGAGACUCAAUGAGUGGCUGGGAUGUUAAGACCCUGAUGGAAUGCUGUCGACCAGAUCACGGAUUCACGGCUGACUCGCGCGCUAUCCAUUUCUUGUUCGAAGUGCUCAGUUCCUACAACAAAGAUGAACAGCGGAGGUUUGUCCAGUUUAUAACUGGGAGUCCGAGACUGCCUGUUGGAGGUUUUAAAGCGUUGUCUCCACCGUUAACAGUCGUGAGGAAAACUUUGGAACCGAACCAAAACGCAGACGAUUUUCUUCCAUCUGUGAUGACUUGUGUCAACUACCUCAAGCUUCCCGACUACUCCAGUAUCGAGGUGAUGCGAGAGAAAUUACGACUAGCCGCAUCCGAAGGACAGCAUUCGUUCCACCUCUCAUAGACAGAAUGCAAAAAAAUUAAUCAAGAAAGAAAACAAUAAGAGACACAAAAGUGACCUGCCUCCGAUGCUGAUAUAUAAUGAUAACGAUAAUGAAUUACGAUGAUGAUGAUGACAGAGUGAGUGUGAAUGUGCCGUCGUACGCUUGAAUCAAAAAGAGAAACUUGACUGAUGAUUAUCGUGUAAUAAAUACAUAAAUACAUACAUAUAAUAAUUAAUGAAAAUAUCAAAUAAUUAUUAUUUAAUAAAAUUAACGAACAGUGCAUCACUAAAGUACACAUAAAAAGGAAAACUGUUGCGUUAGUGAUUGUAAAUAUUAAUGCAAUCAUUAUUACUACUCUGCUACCGCUAUUAUCUUUAUUAUUAUUAUUUCUUAUUAAAAACAGAAAUAAUCUUUAUUUUGAAAGAAUAAUCGUAGUCCUGUCAUCCAUUCUACUGCUCCUGAAAUAUGAAAACCACUAGUUUCGCCAAUUAGUUUAUUUUUGUUUAUUUUUUUUUUUUUAAACGAUAGCCUGCAGAAAACUUGGUGGAGUCUCAGGCGAAAUUUUCGAAUAAAUCGAUUAUAAAAAAAUGUUCUGUUAUGUUUUCUUAUGUUAUGGUUGUAUAUGUGCUAAUUUCCUUUGGUGUACAUUUACGUUAAAGUUGAUAAUUAGAAAAUUUGUUUCUGUAUUUUGCCUCCUAAACUCGAUCUUAUGUUAAUAUUUCUUUAUUGAAUAAAUCAUUAAUUUCUAUGUAAAAAAUCGAUUUUCUCGGCUGAUUAUAGGCAAACGUCGUCAUCGUUACUACGAGAGUGCAAUGGACUCAAUUGAUAAGAUACAGUGUAGUUUAUCCAACGAACAGACUUAAAUUACAAUUUUAAGUUGUACAGGAUUUUAAUAAGUAAUGGAAGCCAUUUCAGUUAUGUACUUCUUGUAGUCUUUAUUUAAGAGUCAUAAAAUUACAAAUGUAUUGUUAAAAUAAAAUUUGUAUACUGAUCU